CAGAUCAUGGAGGAGGCGGUGACAAGGAAGUUCGUGCACGAGGACAGCAGCCACAUCAUCUCCUUCUGUGCUGCUGUGGAGGCCUGUGUGCUGUACGGCCUGAAGCGGAGGGCAGCGGGGUUCCUGCGCAGCAACAAGAUAGCAGCUCUGUUCAUGAAGGUGGGAAAGAGCUUUCCCCUGGCUGAGGAGCUUUGCAAGAAGGUGCAAGACCUGGAGCAGCUCAUUGAGAACGCACGAAAUCAAGCCCAGGGCAUCCCAGAGAACGUGCGCAAGGUGCCAAAGGUGCCCAACCUGUCCCCUCAAGCCAUCAAGCACCUCUGGAUCCGCACGGCCCUCUUUGAGAAGGUCUUGGAUAAAAUCGUGCUUUACUUGGUAGAGAACAGCAGUAAGUACUAUGAGAAAGAAGCUCUCCUGAUGGAUCCUGUGGAUGGGCCAAUUCUUGCGUCUUUAUUAGUGGGGCCCUGUGCACUGGAGUACACCAAGAUGAAGACUGCUGACCACUUCUGGACAGACCCCUCGGCUGACGAGCUGGUUCAGAGGCACCGGAUCCACAGCUCCCACUGUCGCCAGGACUCGCCCACCAAGCGCCCAGCGCUCUGCAUCCAGAAGAGGCACUCGAGUGGCAGCAUGGACGACCGGCCCUCGCUGUGCGCCAGGGACUACGUGGAGUCUCUGCACCAGAACUCGCGCGCCACGCUCCUCUACGGCAAGAACAACGUGCUGGUGCAGCCGCGAGACGACAUGGAGGCCAUCCCAGGGUAUCUGUCCCUUCACCAGACUGCUGACAUCAUGGCACUGAAGUGGACUCCCAACCAGCUGAUGAACGGCUCCGUGGGGGAUCUGGACUACGAGAAGAGCCUAAGCUCUAAAACUUCCCAGUGUCAAGACGUGGCCAAGGAAGCGAGGAGUCAGAUGACAGAUGUGUUCUGGGACUAUGCCAUGACCAUUCGCCUGGAGGAGAUCGUCUAUUUGCACUGUCACCAGCAAGUAGACAGCGGUGGGACAGUUGUCUUGGUGAGCCAGGAUGGGAUUCAGCGGCCCCCACUGCGCUUCCCCAGGGGAGGGCACUUGCUGCAGUUCCUGUCCUGCCUGGAGAACGGCCUCCUGCCCCAUGGGCAGCUGGAUCCACCCCUCUGGUCGCAGCGGGGAAAGGGGAAGGUGUUUCCCAAGCUGAGGAAGCGAAGCCCUCAGGGCUCCUCCGAGUCUGCCUCCGACAAGGAAGAGGACGAAGCCACAGACUAUGUUUUCAGAAUCAUCUACCCAGGGACACAGUCUGAGUUUGUUACCAUUAACGGUAGUUUUCAUCCAUUCCUUGCCUCUGUGAUCUCCAUGGCUGCUGUGAGAGGGAAGAUGGCAAGGACUCCAGCUCCAAGCAAGAUGCUGGUGAUCCCUAAAUGCUUUCUGAGCCUCCCCGUCGGGCGCCGAGCUCCCCGUGUAACGCGUCAGUGUCCGGCGGCUGCGGGUUGUGUCUUGCCCCAGGACCUGAUGGACACCACAGGCGCUGGCCUGCCUCCCAUGUGGCAGCCCAGCACCCGCAAGUCCUCCUGCUCCUCCUGCUCUCAGAGCGGCUCCUCUGAUGGAGGAGCGUCCAACGGCUGCAGCCACGAGAGAGCUCCGCUGAAGCUCCUGUGUGACAACAUGAAGUACCAAAUCCUCUCCCGGGCCUUCUAUGGCUGGCUGGCCUAUUGCAGACACCUCUCCACGGUGAGAACCCACCUGUCUGCGCUGGUUCACCACAGCAUCGUGUCUCCUGACGUGCCCUGCAGUGCCAGCACGGGGCUCACCCUGGACAUCUGGCAGAGAUACCUGCAGGACAGCACGAGUUACGAGGACCGGGAGCUGCUGCGGCUGAUCUACUACGGUGGGAUCCAGCCCGAGAUCAGGAAGGCUGUCUGGCCCUUCCUCCUGGGCCAUUAUCAGUUUGGGAUGACAGAGGCAGAAAGGAAAGAGGCUGACGAGCACACGCGUGCGUGCUACGAGCAGACCAUGGCGGAGUGGCUGGGCUGCGAGGCCAUCGUCCGGCAGCGCGAGAAGGAGUCGCACGCGGCGGCGCUGGCCAAGUGCUCCUCGGGCGCCAGCCUGGACUCCCACAUCCAGAGGAUGAUGCACAGGGACUCGACUGUCAGCAACGAGUCCUCGCAGAGCUGCAGCUCUGGCCGGCAGAAUCACGCGCGGCUGCAGAGCGACUCCAGCUCCAGCACACAGGUGUUUGAGUCUGUCGAUGAGGUGGAACAGGCUGAAGGUGAUGCUCAGCUGGAAGAUGGCAAACAAAGCAAGAUCCCCAACGGGACAGUUCCCAAUGGCACGUGUUCCCCUGAUUCUGGCCACCCCUCUUCCCAGAACUUCUCCAUCACGUCGGGCUUCUCAGAGCGCAGCUUCAGCAACGAGGACAGUGCCCUGGAAACCAACAAGUCCUCAGCCAGCUCUCAGGGGAAGGCCGGCAGCGCCGAUGUGCCAGGCCCACAGGACCUGGAUGGUUCCCGGCAGGAGGAGAAGCUGCAGGGCCAAGACAGCCUGGAAGGGGAAUUUCCCAGGGGUGGAAGCGGGGACUUUGUCGCUGUGGGUGAGAGCUCGGCAGGCGGCCUGUGUGAGCGCGAUGCCGUGGCGCUGCCGGUGGUGGAGAGCUGGGCAGACAGCGAAGCUGAAAAGCAAAGCUUGGUGGAGAGUGAAGAUAACCUGUCUGAGGAGCCAGAGAUGGAGAGCUUGUACCCACAGCUGGAUGCUCUGGCUGUAGCCCAUCUGCCCAACAGUGACACGGCCGCUGUCUGCUCGGCGGGCGUCACCUACUCUCCGGCGCUGCUGGACAUGUACACGGUGAACCUGCACCGCAUCGAGAAGGACGUGCAGCGCUGUGACCGCAACUACUGGUACUUCACCCCGGCCAACCUGGAGAAGCUGCGCAACAUCAUGUGCAGCUACAUCUGGCAGCACAUCGAGAUCGGCUACGUGCAGGGGAUGUGUGACCUCCUGGCUCCUCUCCUGGUCAUCCUGGAUGAUGAGGCUCUGGCUUUCAGCUGUUUCACUGAGCUUAUGAAGAGGAUGAAUCAGAACUUCCCCCACGGAGGAGCCAUGGACACCCACUUUGCCAACAUGAGAUCCCUGAUCCAGAUUCUGGACUCAGAGCUCUUCGAGCUGAUGCACCAGAAUGGUGAUUACACUCACUUCUACUUCUGUUACCGAUGGUUUCUCCUGGACUUCAAGAGAGAGCUGGUGUAUGACGACGUGUUCGCUGUCUGGGAGACCAUCUGGGCGGCUGCACACGUGUCCUCUGCACACUACGUGCUCUUCAUCGCCCUGGCGUUGGUGGAAAUGUACCGGGACAUCAUCUUGGAGAACAACAUGGAUUUUACAGACAUCAUCAAGUUCUUCAACGAAAUGGCUGAGCGGCACAACACCAAGCAGAUCCUGAAGCUGGCUCGGGACCUGGUCUAUAAGGUGCAGACUCUGAUUGAGAACAAAUGAAGGCUGUGGGGAGGCUGAGGCGGGCAGACGACGAGCCGGGACCCCCCUGCAACGCUUCCUCCCCAGCUCCCUUUGCUCCAAGUGCCACACCUGUGGAAACAAGGUAGUUGGACACAUGCUGCUGCCUAACUGGAAGUACCCUUAGCUCUUCAAGUGCUGUGUUCAGUGUUAGGUGCAGGGGCCCUGGCUCAGGUCUUCACAGCCAAAGAUCGUGCGGUUGUGUUUGAUGGCUGAGGACCCUGCACGCGGGGCCCAGGCUGUGGCUGCCCUGCUGCACCCCCUGGGAGUGGGGGCUCUGGGGGUCAGGGCUGACAGCCCCUCCUUGGGCUCAGCCUUUGCUGGGAGGGAAUGAAGCCGUAUCCUUGGUGAGCCAUUGCCCCGUGGGGGAGAAAAGGCCCCGAGCCCCGGGCGCUGCAGGGAUGUGCCACCACUCGCUUCUCACUGAUGCCACAAGGGUCUGCCAGUUACAGACAGGGACUUUGAUCACAGAAGUUCCUCUUCCUUUGAUCUUGUCCCUUGAUACAAAGCAUCCCCUUUAGUAGUUCUCUCCCUGGGAUGUUUGUGUUGUUUGCUACUACAGUGUCUGAGCACACGAGAGUUUCGUCUCUGGGUGGAUUUUCACAAGAGCUCCAAAUUCAGCAUCGGGUUUUCCUUUCAAAAUCCAGCCUCUGUAACUCUCUCUGAACACUGAAAAUCCCAUCCUCUGGGAACUCUAGACUUGAGGUUUUCUUACCUGCCUUACUCUAGCUGCUCGUGUGAGGAGCCUGGUCUCCCUAUUGUCCCUCUGCAGCCCCUGUUAGGGGAGAGCUCCUCAGAAGGCAAGUCAGAGCCCCUGACUUCAGUGGCUGCCCUGACUUUCCCUCUGGAGGUGCCCAUCUCUUCCUCUAUGACAAGACGAGCA